ACUCGGGGUGGCUACGCGCUGCCAAGAGGCGCCUCGACCGCGUGCCGCCCGUCCCCGCGAUAAGCUGCCCCGGCUCGGGACAGAGGUGGACGUUCGUAUCAGCGUCCGCUCGCUCCUUCCCUCCUCCUCCCAUCCCGGCCUAUGGCUCCCAAGCAGCCCUGCGCGACAUACGAGUACGUCGUCACCCCCGCUGGCCCCAAGAUCCUCCCCGUCGCAGAUGCGCAAUCCAAGGACGAGGAGUCUCCCGCGGACUACAACGCUGGCGGAUAUCUCCCCGUCAAGGUUGGCGAUACCUUCAAGGACAACCGCUACGUAGUGUUGAGGAAGCUUGGAUGGGGUCACUUCUCCACCGUAUGGCUCGUGAAGGAUACAAUUGUCAAACGCCAUUCAGCCCUCAAAGUGGUCAAAUCCGCGGGGCGCUACGCCGAGACAGCGCGUGACGAGAUCAAGCUGCUCAGCCAGGUGCGAGACGAGACUCCCGACCAUCCUGGGCGGGAAUUUGUCGUCUCGUUUCUGGAUUCGUUCCAACACCCUGGUCCUGAAGGCGUGCACGUCUGCAUCGUCUUCGAACCGUUGGGCGAGAAUCUACUCGCGCUCAUCGAACGCCACAAGAAGACGGGUGUGCCACCCGCGCUUGUGAGGGUGAUCGCGAAGCAGAUAUUGCUAGGCUUGGAGUACCUACACGAUGAAUGUGACCUCGUGCAUACCGAUAUCAAGCCCGAGAACAUCAUGAUUUCCAUUCCGGACGUCGAAGCGCAUAUCCAAGCGGAGUUAUCGACUUCCCCUUCACCGACGUCCCGCAAGGUCGGCGUGCCACUGAAGCAGCUCAUGCGGACUGGUGUCGCAAUACCGCGGCAAGCGGGGCGCGAUCGCCACGUGCAGAUAUUCGACUCACAACCGCUUAUGAGUCCCACGGGCUCGAGUCGGAGCUUGUCCAAAGGCAUGCAGCAGUUGUCCAGAUUAGCCAGCAUGCAGAGCGUUCAUAGCUUGUUGGACAAGAAGGGCAAGGGCAAGCAAACUUCGGGCGAGAGCACGCUAUCGACGCCCGAGUUGUCUGACGGCUCGACCGCGAGUUUGGACUCCAUCCCGCUGCCGUCCACGCUCUCGGCGUCGUUCGGCAACGACCCAUUACCGCCGUCCGUGAGCGUGGUCACGAGCGAGGUCAACAAGUUGUCGAUCGAGACACGUUCAUGCAAUGGAUGCCUCUCCGCCUGCGUAGGUCAGGAGUUGCCUGUCGAGAAGGUCGAGUCAGUGGUGCCAACGAUGCAGCUACACUCGAUCAAACCUCCGAUGGGACCGUCGCUCCUGUCUCAAACCGCCCCUCAUAACCUCACUAUCAACACCCGCACCACGACAUCGCCUCGCUCUUCAUCUCCCACUCAUGAGCCAUCCUCGCCGCACGUCUCCUCGUCUUCCCACUCUACGCAUCGUCCGCCAUCACCACCGCCACCUUCGCCCCUGCCUCCGCCCAUCUCCAUCAAGAUUGCCGACCUAGGCAAUGCGACACCCAGCCACAAGCACUACACCGAAGACAUUCAGACCCGCCAGUAUCGCUCGCCAGAAGUCGUCCUGGGACGCACCGACUGGAACCACACGGCCGACGUCUGGAGCGCAGCAUGCGUCAUCUUCGAACUACUCACCGCAGAGUACCUCUUCGACCCACAGGCGCAGGGUGGCGUCUUCGGCAAGGACGACGACCACAUGGCGCAGGUCGUCGAGCUGCUGGGCGACUUCAGCUCAGAGGUGAAGUUCGGUGGGAGGUUCAGUCGCGAGCUUUUUGACAGCACCGGCGCGCUGCGGUACAUCCGGAGCUUGAAGCCCUGGCCACUCAAACGCGUCAUGAUAGAGAAGUAUCUUUGGAACGAGGAAGACACCGACGCGCUGUGCGAGUUCCUUGAGCCCAUGCUCAUCGUCGAUCAUCGCAAGCGUAAACAUGCGCGGGACAUGAAGAACCACAAGUGGCUCGAGGUCGACCCGGCCAGUUCGGAGCUGAAGAACUG